AUUGCGGCGGCACAUGCGCGGAUAACGAAGACGCGCAAGGUAGUCGCGUUUUCGGUCAGUCGGCCGAGAGCCGUCGAGGAACUCGAAUUGUAUGCAAAUUUCGUUAUUCCUGACAUACGCACGAGGUUUCGAAGCUCAUCAUCACUGAAGGCUGACAGAAACUACGUACUAUCUACACACAAAAUACCUAUUUUCGCGAAGUAAAAUGCAUAAAUGCUGGAAGAUCGAUAACAAGGCUCAAAAUUGUGCUCUAUUGAUGGACAGAGUGGAAAUAUUUUUGGUGAAAUAAUGUUUCGUGAAUUUCCUUGGGCGGACAAAUUUGCAUAUGAAGACUCGCGCAACCGUGAUUAAUCGCAGUUGAAAACGAGAAAAGGUUGGGGCUCUGAAAGUUCGACAGAGAAAUCCAAAAAGAACACAUGGACGUGACUCGACUGAUAGAAUCGAGACCGACGAACUUCGAGCCACUAGUAAAUUUCCGGAGAUACCCUGGCGUGCUAGUGACAGAGAAAAAUCGAUCUUUAAGUGUCCAAUUCUAACUCUUGUUAUACGAUAAAGAUUACACCAUUGAAAUAACUAAAAGAUAUAUUUUAUGGAAGCGUAGUAUUAAUGAAGAUAUAUUUCAAAAUCCAACGUGUUAUUCAAAGUAAAAUAAAUCUAAAAUAUAAAUCUAGUUCAUUGAUUACAUAAUUUACCAAGUAUAUUUAAUAUAAGAGAGAUAGUUUCCUUUAGUCUUAAUUUUUUAAGAGUUAGAGAAUUUUUUGAAUCAUUUAUACCGGUAAUUAAAAUAUUUGCGCGAUACACUUAUUGUUAGACAAAAAGUGUGAAUACAUCAAAUCAGCAGAAACUUUAUGAAUCGCUUUCAAAUUUUAUACAAAAGUACUAUAACGUCGACAUCCAUACAAAGAUAUUGCGCCGACAUAUAAAACGUCAAACUACCGAAUGUGUUCGGCGAAGAAGCUAGUUUGGUGGAAGUUAGUGUGCACGAAGGUUAAUACUCGUAUCCCUCCAACUAGAAUGACAUCGAAGAGAAUACACGAAGUUGGCCAAGCAUGAACAAGGGGAGAUCCGGUGCGACAAUUACCCGGAAAAUUUUCGUAGAUCUCGCAUCACGAAGAUUUCACGAACUAAAUUAAUUUCCAGUUGCAGAACAAAGGAAAAUGUCAACGGGGGUGAGAGCUGGUCGACCCACCAUGCCAACGAUUCCGCAUUCUAAAAGGCCUACAAUUUUGGUAUAUCCAACGGUGACGCCGGAAAGCAUAAUAAUACCCAUCGUCUCCUGCAUUUUGGGGUUUCCAUUGCUAGCAUUAAUGGUAAUUUGCUGCCUACGGAGAAGAGCGAAACUCGCUAGGGAACGAGCUCGGCGAAGAAAUUGUGAUUUGGAUCAUGGCGCAUUGAGCCUCGUUCGUUUCAGCCCAGUUCAUCGUCUAGCUGGUGUAGAUCGUCCGGCACGUACCGUAUCUUUGAGAAGCGAUCGAGGUUCCCGAAGCUUUCCAUCCCUAGAGCUGGACACCGUCGUCGAGGAACGUUCGGAUCCCGAGCAGAGCACCGCCCUGGAAUUGAGUAGUCCAGAUUAGCAUCCGGCCUUGACACCGUCAAGGUCUCCACGACCAUCGAAAUCCUUGGCGGUGCCGUUACCUAUGGAUCACAGUCCAUUAUGGACAGCUUUGACGCAUGCUAAUGCGGUCUCUGCGGCCUUGGGAGAUACCUAGCAGGAGGUGGAAGAUGGCAGCUAUAUUGAAGCUCUCGUUCUAGAUCUGCCAAUCAUUUACUAACCAGCCAGUCUCUUUGACUGAAUACCUUAUUAAAGUAUUCAGAAACAAGAUUGGCCAAUUUAUUCAAAACUAUUGUAUCAUACCGCGGCAACAAUUGCGCUAAAUAACAGGAAACAUACUCUUUUAAGUCAAGAAAAAUAAAUAAAAUAAACUUUAUGAGAAAACAUUCUUCGAGAGCAUCAUAUCCUUGUGAGCAUGUGUAACAAGACAUCGCAUGAAAUUUUAUACUACUAUUUGCUCGCGACAUUUGCGAGUAGAGCUUUUUACACGAAAUAAUUAUAUAAUCCAGAAUGUAUGUGAUAGUUGUAGGAAGUAGCUGGUCUACGAUACAAAUGUGUUAAUGUAAAUAUAGAUUUGUUAAUAUACAAACAAAAGCAGAAUUAUAUUAAUAAAAUAUUAUUCGUAACU